AUGGAAUUCUGGCCGGAGUUUCUCGCGAGCAGCUGGGGGAAAGAGUUCGUAGCCGGGGGAUUCGGCGGCACCGCCGGAGUAAUCGCCGGGUACCCGCUGGACACGCUGAGGGUGCGGCAGCAGCACGGUGGAAAAGGGUCGGCUUUGCAGAUCCUCCGCCGCCUUGUGGCCACCGACGGGCUCUUGGCCCUUUACCGGGGCAUGGCGGCGCCACUGGCUUCUGUUACUUUUCAGAAUGCAAUCGCUUUUCAAACCUACGCCAUACUCUCCCGAGCAGUGGACCAAAUCCCCAACAGCAACCCGAACGAGCCUCCUUCCUACAGAGGGGUGGCCCUUGGCGGCAUAGGCACGGGCGCAAUACAGAGCCUCCUCCUCAGCCCCGUCGAGCUCGUAAAAAUCCAUCUGCAGCUAAAACAAGAGAAAACCUGCAGGGGCCCAGUGGACGUGAUAAGAAGCAUAUUCAGGGCAGAGGGCCUCAGAGGUGUAUACCGUGGGCUGACCAUCACGGUCCUCAGGGAUGGCCCGGCCCAUGGUGUCUACUUCUGGACAUACGAGUAUAUGAGGGAGAGGUUCCACCCGGGCUGCCGUAAAAAUGGACAGGAGAGCUUCGGGACGAUGCUCCUGGCGGGCGGGCUUGCAGGGGUUGCCAGCUGGAUUUGCUGCUAUCCGCUGGAUGUGGUGAAGACGAGGAUUCAGGCGCAGUCUGAGUUUGGUAAGUAUGAUGGGAUUGUGGAUUGUUUUAGGAAGAGCGUGAGAGAGGAGGGGCCAGGCGUGCUGUGGAGGGGUUUGGGGACGGCCGUGGCCAGGGCUUUUAUUGUGAAUGGGGCGAUUUUCACGGCCUACGAGACAGCCCUCCGGUGCAUUUUCAAGAAUAAUGGCGGUACCGAGUGUGGAGGCUAG